AUGGUAAUACAGCAAGAGAAUUCCCAAUCCUCGGGAAGCAUUCCAGCAAUUACAGGCCAGAUUGAUUAUUCUAAAGCAAUUCAUGUGUUUCCAGGGCCCUUGAAGCCAUUGAGGUCUACGGUGUUAGCAUAUGGUGCUUCGUUUGUUGCUACAACUAUAGGUUUUCCGAUGGAUACAGUGAAAACAAGGAUGCAAACACAUAAGAAUUUCACGAGUUAUUUUGAUUGUGUUAAGAAAACUUUUAGGAAGGAAGGUACUAUGGGUUUUUUCAGGGGAAUAUGGGCUCCACUUCUAUCUACGUCCUUGUCCAAGUCCUUAAACGUGUCUCUUUUCACAUCAUCAAAGCCGGUAUGCUACGAGCUAUUGUAUCUGAAUACCAAGAAAGAAAACAGUCUAGACCCUUUUUAUAGAAAUAUACCUGUUUGCUUUGUAUCAGGAGCUAUUGCUGGAGCAGGAGUUUCAUUAUUUGCUUGUCCAUUUGAAUUUACAAAAAUUUAUUCUCAGAUAUCUAAUCUAAUCCAAAACAACUCUAUGACUCAGAUACCACAAAAGAUGCAAGCAAGAAACCAGAUCAAUAACUCUUCAACCUAUAACACCUUCAAAAAAAUCAUACGAUACGAGGGAGUGCCUGGUUUAUAUUCUGGUUAUAAGUACCAUUUGUUGAGGGAUUCACUUUCUUCGGGUAUUUAUUAUUCUAUCUACGAGUCCAUCAAAUGGUCAGUGAAUUCAAUUUUACACCCAUCUAAUGAGAAAGCCUCACAAUUCUCAAUCCUCUUAGCGGGUGGUUUGUCAGGUAUUUUUUGCUGGGCAGCAAUUUUUCCAAUUGAUACAACAAAGUCACUUAUUCAGAAAGAUGCUGUCACUAACAUAUUGAGACAUGAACGAGGCCUUGAACCUUUUCCAAUGAAGCAUAGAAAGAUUAUAUUUGAGAAAAGAUUAUAUAGGGGCCUCGGUAUUUCAGUGACAAGAUCUUUUAUUGUUAAUAUGGUUUUCUUUGGUGUCUACGAGUUUGCUAUGGCACAUUUGAUAUAA